ACAAUGCAAGUACUCGUAUUUCUUGACGACCGAGUAAACAAUGUCCUUGGCUACAAAGGAUAUUUAUUCGGCUUUGCAUCUUAUUGUCUGGCAGAAACCUGUGAGAUCUCUUGACAUAAAUGUUUGCAAUUUGGAAACGCGAACAGGAGAAACUGAAAAUGACAUCUGAAAUGAAACGGACGGUGUUACUGUGUACCGAUGGGGGACUCCAUGCGGAUUAUGCUUUGAAAUGUAUGCCCCGAGUGCGAAAUCGAAACGACCGGAAGCGCUCGUUAAAUCUCCAUCAUCAUCAUCAUCAUCAUCAUCAUCAUCAUCAUCAUCAUCAUCAUCAUCGCUACCACCAGGCUUCGUUAGAUCGUUUACGGUUGUCUUGCUAGUAAGUGGUCACGCGAAACUCAGAUUUCGUUAGUAAGUGAAUACCGGCACUUUUGAUCUGGUACUGACUCUGGUUGAAUUGAGCUAACCUCAGUAACUAGGGUUUCUAGUAAUCCGUGGAUAACCAACCUUCCAUUUUUGUGGAUUUUUAGUUUUUCCUUGCUCAGUCAAAGUUACUGAAUCUUUAGUCUAUUAGACUAGUUUGCUAUUCAGACGUUCUCGUCUAUUUUAUUGUCCAAGUGACUUAUUUUAGGGAUGAGCCCUCUGUGUUUAUUUCUUGUUAUUCAAACCAGCCGAGAUCAUUUACUCAUUAGAGUGUUACUAACUACUCUCAUUAUAUUAAUACAGUUGCUUAGCUAAACCGCUUGUGUAUUUGCGCUGAUUUGAUUAAUCUGUGAUCUUUGUCAGUGCAGGAUGGAUUUAUUUGAUCCCUCUUAUUGUCAUCCAUUGGUACAAUUAACUGUUAAUAAUAGACCUGUGAACAUAUUACCACGUUUUCAUUAUAACUUUGUUCUUGUUAAAUUACACCCCGACCACUGGAGUUUAGCUCCGGGACAGUACGUCACUCUCUCGGUAUGUUCAGAAGGAAAGUAUCUCUCGCACAGUAUGUCAAGAAGGAAAGUAAUACUCUCAGGACUACUGUAAACACGUUCACAAGCCGUGGGAUGUCGUCAUAAUGCUGUUCUGUCCAAAAAUGAUCGACGAGAAGAAAAGAGAGAUGGACGUAUUGGUGCGGAAAGGCGACCUGGCCAUACAUUUGGGGAAGCUGGCACAUGAAGAGGCUGCACGGUUUCAAAAUGACGCAAAAAUUAUAGAGAAAAAAAUAAAAGAAAACAAGCUGAAUGGUAGUGUUCAGAUUGGUGUGGUCGGUGUCCCUGCAGGGGAGGUCAUAGUGGACACAACUAAGAAUGAAAGGGUUGACCUCAUUGUACUGGGCGCCAGACGCCUAGGCAGCAACCUCCGGAAGUCGACAGGAAGCACGAAAGGAUAUGUCAUUCGUAACGUUAAUGUACCAGUGUUGGUGUGUAAACAUAAGAAGGCCCAAACAGCUUCAAGAAAGAUCAGAGGACGGGACGUGAAGCGACUUGUUGUGGCUGGAUCCGAUGGGGAGCUGCAUGCCACUGAGGCGCUUAAAUAUUUCAAGGAGCACAUGUACCGUGACGGCGACUACCUCCUCGUGGUCUACAUUCCUGUGUCCAGAACAAAAGACUCUGCUAGCUCCCAUCCAGCUAUAACACAGGCAGAGGAUAUUGGAAAGGAAAUGGCUAAACUAUAUAGGGAUGAUGGCGAUCUUCUUGAGGAAUUCAUCAAAGAUGAGCUUAAGGUACCUGGUGAGGUUUUCCUCGACGAGACUGACAAAGCUCCUGGAAACGCUAUCCUGGAAGUUGCCAAUACACGAGGUGCCGAUCUUAUUGUGGUUGGCUCUCGUGGUAUUGGUGCAGCAGCUGCGGCGGCGGGUCCUCGGACUACAGACAUCAUCGUCAACGACAGUGAGAUGUCUGUCUUCAUGCACAGGUGCUAAUUGCAGGGCCAACUAGGUGUGCCACCGGUGAAAUAUGUGCAUGUACAUGUAUAUGUGCAACUGUGUCAAUGUACUGUUUGAAGGUAGUGAUGUACCUAUUUGCUAUGAACGAUAAUGUGAUAUUAAAGCGUCAAUUGUUUGAACACAGAACUUAUCAAAUAAUGACACAUGAACAGUAGGUUUACCGAGGACGACAUCUGCCAAACCAUGCAUCAGGACUAUCACCUUUUGACUUGACUCUAAAACAUGUCCGUUCCUCUUUUGUUCUGGAUUCCAAAGCUCCAUAGACAUCCGUACAAAUGUCCCACCGAAUCCGUUUACUUGUUAGUCCAGUCAAUAUAACGAUAUACAUGUACCUACCAUAAAUUGCAACUGAUUGAUUCAUGUUAAACAAAUCCUCAUCAACAUCAUAUAAAAAAUCCAAAAACAUCUAUGGCGAUUAACUAGCAUUUUCACAGAAAAUAUAUAAAUUUUCAAAUUUUUUAAAUUAUUCAAUGUCAACAAUGUUACAUAUCAAAUAAAAGCUGCUGAUACAGGCUUCAUAAUGUUAUACCUUUCCAUGUUCUGUCGUGUUUGGGUUGAUAGAAAUCAGCAACAUUUCGUGUUCCAAACAGCAAGAAACCUUCAUAUGCUGACCGAUAAAUCCCAUCAAGUUGUCAAUACAACACACACACGCACAAACACACAUACGCACGCACGCAUGCACAUGCACAUGCACAUGUACAUGCACACGCACACGCACACGCACACGCACACGCACACGCACACACAUACACGCGUAGAUACGGGUAUUUUCUUGCUGAAUUCGUGGGGUUUUUUCUGGUUAUUUCAAAAAGUCUAAAUUCGAGUUUUGUCUCCUUACUCCGAUUACUUUCUCGAAAUUUCGAUUUUUUUCCCGUGAAUUCGAUCGUUUAAAAAAACUCGAAAUUUCGGAAACAAUUCUUGAUAUUUAAACUAUUUUCUCAAAAUUACGAUUUUUUUCUCCUUACUACGAUUAUUUUAAUUUUCUUGUUAUAAAUUCAAAUUUCGAGUUUAAAAUAAACUUGAAAUAACGAGAAGUUAUUGGGAAUUACGAGAAAAUAAUCGAAGUAACGAGAAACAAACUCCGAAGCAACGAGGAAUUAUCGAGAAAAAAAUCGAAGUAACGAGAAAAAACUUGAAAUGUCGAGACAAUAAUUAAAGAGGUACACUUGUAGAAUAGGUCUUCAGCAACCCAUGCCUGCCGUACCUCGUAUUACGCAAAGUAUAUCGCACAAUGUUCUUUACAGUCGUUGGUAAAUCUAUUGUCUUCACUAAAGAAGUCAAUUAUUGAAAAGUUACAAUUAUUUGUCCAUAAAGCCCUAAAUGUAAGGCAACAAUACCUGUCUAAACGGGAUAUUUAAAACACAAUGUUAAAAAAUACAACGUGCUGUCCUUCGUGAAAGCAAUCAGUAUAUAAGAAUUAUUAAUAUCCUAUACCUGUAGCAACCUGAUCUCUCCUUACAUGAUAUAUUACUAUCCUAUACAUGUACCUAGGUAUCUUCUGUUCUCAAUGUCUCCAGUGAGGCCUCUGCUAUUUUCAGUGUCUCCAAUGAGACCUGUGCUAUGCUCAUUGGUCGCCAUUAAAACCCCUGCUAUGCUCAUUGGUCUCUAGUGACCCCCCCUGCUAUGAUGAGUGGCCUCUGAUUUGCUUUGUAGUCUGCAGGUGAAGGGUGAAUAAAGUUUGCCCACUGAAGUUUGCAGAUGUAGAAUCAGUUGGGUGUGUCCUCUUUAGACUGCAGGUGUAGGAUGUGUAGAGUGUGCCCUUUGUAAACAGCAGGUAUGGGAAGACUCUUUAGUCUGCAGGGGUAGGAUGUAUAAAGUGUGCCCUCUGUAGUCUGCAAGGGCAGGAUGUAUAGAGUGUGCCCUCUGUAGUCUGCAGGGGUAGAAUGUUUAAAGUGUACACUCAGUAGUCUGCAGGGGUAGGAUGUAUAAAGUGUGCCCUCUGUAGUCUGCAGGGGUAGGAUGUAUAAAGUGUGCCCUCUGUAGUCUGCAGGGGUAGGAUGUAUAAAGUGUGCCCUCUGUAGUCUGCAGGGGGAGGAUGUAUAAAGUGUACCCUCUGUAGUCUGCAGGGGUAGGAUGUAUAAAGUGUGCCCUCUGUAGCCUGCCGGGGUAGGAUGUAUAAAGUGUGCCCUCUGUAGUCUGCAAGGGUAGGAUGUAUAAAGUGUGCCCUCUGUAGUCUGCAGGGGGAGGAUGUAUGAAGUGUACUCUCAGUAGUCUGCAGGGGUAGGAUGUAUAAAGUGUGCCCUCUGUAGUCUGCAGGGGUAGAAUGUUUAAAGUGUACACUCAGUAGUCUGCAG